GUGAUAGAGCGAGUCUUGAACGGUAUCCACUUUGAAAUAUCUUCUAAAAAUUAGAGGAGAAUUUGGAUGUUUUACUAGUCGACAGAAAGUUGGCACUAAGCACACAAUAGAUCCAAUCACAGCCGCUAUCUGCCACAAUACGAAAACCGUUGUGCUAACGGGAAGGGCAGCAGGGCAUCAAUAUUAGUGGCUUUGAUUUAUUUAUUUCGGCGUGCGCUCCAAAUUUACAUGCGGAGGAGAUUUCGAAAUUUAAAAAUAGGCCUUUGAAGAGUAGAGAAUAGAACCCAAACAGACGGAUGGAGCAGCCUUCCGUUUUUAUUCAGUUGGCUCGUGGAUGCGGUCGCGGUGAGAAUGUCGCCGGUUCGACCUUAGUGGAAACGCUCAACUCUGCCAAAAAGUUAUCGUAUGUGUCAGUGUUUUUGUUUUUGACAGUAGAAUUUAUCUAGUAUUCCGUGGAUGUUUUCUUUUGAAAAAUUGCUAUGAAUUAUUCGUUCUUUUUCAACAGACCCAAAUUAUCGUCGUUAUCGUUCGAUCAGCAGUCGUUUGAUUUUUCAGGUGAUGGUCCAUACCAUGGUACCUACAACUUCCUCAAUCGAAUACUGAGGUCGGGGUUUAGAGGAGAUGGCCACACCUACAAUCCCGCUCAUUCAGUACUCAGGCUUGGAGAGAAGGGCUCAGGCUUCCGUCCGCGGGCCGAUGGCGUUCAGGAUUUCUACAAGAUCCGCGACUCGUGUUUGGCCAGCGGUCAGCUGUUUGAGGACUCGGAGUUCGAUGCGGUCGACUCGUCGCUCUAUUUCAGCAAAUCACUCAAUCGACCUAUCGAGUGGAAGAGGCCCAUGGAAAUUGCUGAUGAUCCACAAUUCUUCGUGGAGGGAGCCACUCGAUUCGAUGUUCAACAAGGAGAACUUGGUGAUUGCUGGCUGUUGGCGGCCGUAGCGAACCUGACUAUGGACGAGCAUCUGUUCCAGCAAGUUGUGCCCAACGAUCAGAGCUUCCAGGACAACUAUGCGGGCAUUUUCCAUUUCAGGUUUUGGCAGUACGGUCGCUGGGUUGAUGUUGUGAUUGAUGAUCGCCUCCCAACUUACUAUGGAAAGCUUGUUUUCCUGCAUUCCAAUGAACAGAACGAAUUCUGGAGCGCUUUGCUGGAGAAGGCGUAUGCCAAACUACACGGCUCUUAUGAAGCACUAAAAGGCGGUACCACUUGCGAAGCCAUGGAAGAUUUCACAGGCGGCGUCACUGAAAACUACGAGUUGAGGGAAAAAGCACCGUCAAAUCUUUUCAAAAUCAUGGAAAAGGCACAUGAAAGGUCAUCUUUGAUGGGAUGCUCAAUCGAAGCUGAUCCAAAUGUAUUAGAAGCUCAAACUCCAGAAGGCCUGGUCAAGGGCCAUGCCUACAGUAUCACUAGGAUAAAGUUGGUGGACAUUGCCACCCCAAAUAAAACUGGCAAAAUUCCCUUACUCAGGUUAAGAAAUCCCUGGGGUAACGAAGCCGAAUGGAAUGGAGCAUGGAGUGACAAAUCCCCAGAAUGGAGGUUCAUUCCGGAGAGUGAGAAGCAGGAGAUCGGCCUGACAUUCUCGGAGGAUGGGGAGUUCUGGAUGUCGUACCGGGAUUUCGCAGAGCGAUUCGACCGACUGGAAAUCUGCAACCUGAACCCGGACUCGCUGGUUGAGGAUGCCCUGACGGAGCACGACAAGAAGAAGUGGGAGAUGAGUGUGUUCGAGGGAGAGUGGGUGAGGGGGGUAACGGCUGGCGGUUGCAGAAACUAUCUGGAGACGUUCUGGCACAAUCCCCAGUACACGAUCACUCUGAACGACCCUGAUGAUGAGGACGAGGAUGACAAGUGUACCGUCAUUGUUGCUCUCAUGCAGAAGAACAGGCGAUCGCAGCGCAAAAUGGGUGCUGAGUGUCUCACCAUCGGGUUUGCCAUGUACCAUUUGGAAGACCCAGAUAACCUGCCGAAACCGUUGGACGAGAAGUUCUUCAAGUACAACGCGUCGGUGGCUCGAUCGCCCACAUUCAUCAACCUGCGUGAGGUGACGGCUCGCUUCAAGCUGCCACCCGGCGUCUACUGCAUCGUGCCCUCCACGUUCGAGCCAAAUGAGGAGGGCGAGUUCCUACUACGCGUCUUCUCUGAGAACAAGAAUCACAUGGAGGAAAACGACGAAGAAGUUGGAAUGGGAGAAAUCGACGACAGAGUCAAAGUGGAGGAUGAUGAACCAGAGAAGAAGAAAGCAACUGAUGAUAAAAUCAGAGAAUUCUUCAAGAAACUGGCUGGAGAUGACAUGGAGGUUGAUUGGAUGGAGCUCAAACAAAUUCUUGAUUAUGCCAUGCGAGACGAUACUCAGCCAGAAGGUUUCUCGAAGGAUGUGUGCCGCAGUAUGAUCGCCAUGAUGGAUAUUGACCGGUCUGGCAAACUAGGGUUUGACGAAUUCAAGCAGUUGUGGAUUGAUAUCAGGAACUGGAAGAACGUCUACAAGAUGUACUGCAAAGAAGAGACGGGCUACCUAAGUGCUUUUGAGCUGCGACAGGCUCUGAAUUCGGCCGGAUAUCGGCUCAACAACCACAUUCUGAACAUAUUGGUGCACCGCUACGCAUCCAAGGAGGGCAAGAUAUCGUUCGACGACUUCAUGAUGUGUGCUGUCAGGCUAAAGUCCAUGAUAGAUCAAUUUAAAGAACGUGAUCCAAACAACACGAAUGAGGCAACUUUCACAAUGGAGGAGUGGGUUGAGAGGACAUUGUAUUCAUAAGUUCUAGUUUCUAUUACAUCGUUGUGGAUGAAAACGGUGAUGAUGAUGAUGAUUGCGAUAUUUGCAAUUGAAAUCCUCUUUGAAAGAUCUUGAGAGCGCUACAAAUCUCCUCAAAACUUGUACAUACUAUCGAUACUAAGAUGAAGAUUACAUUAUUGAUCUGAAGUUAAAUAUUUCAACUAUUGAAUCUCUAAUAAUAUCGGAGGAUUACAUCAUUUUGUUGUGCUUAAGCGACAGAAAAAUAUCAAAAUCUAUUACAUUGCUUCAAGCAAUUAAAACUAUAUAAUUUAUGAUUGCUUAAAGAUUGUUGUUGUUUGUAUGUUGUUGAAAAUGAGUUAAUGAUUGGCUCAAUCAUUGAUUAAUGAGUGUGCUAUAUACAUGUUGGUGAUUGGCUUGUAACGUUGUGAUAUGCUUGAAAUUCAAUCAAGCUUUUUCAGAGUAUAUUUUGUAUAUUUUAACGUUCCAUAAAUAGAUUCAUUCACGUCUAUUUUUGAAGAUAGAGUAACAGUAUCCUAAGAGAUUUCAAUCAAGAUGGCUUCUCAUUAAAUUAAACUUCUCAAGUUAUUGAUAUUGUUUACGGAAUAUGCCAAAAGUUCAAAGUAGUGUAAGAUGAUUGCAUACAACGAAUAUCAAUUACAUAAAUCAACUAUCAAAUUACUUCUAACAUUAUUCCUAAUCAUUCGUUGAAUUAUCAUCUUUCAAAGGUUAUUUUAAUUAAGAAAAAUAAUGAUUAGCCUCAAAUUAUUCUAGGUAUUGUAUCUUAUUUCGAGCAGAUCUGUUUUAACUUGUGUCAGUUCUUGUGAUAAAUUUUUACUCGAAUGACAAUGGUGCUUCAGUUUAUACUGUUCUCUAAUGAGUAUGCUAUAAAUUGAAUGUAGUCUACUGCAGGUUAUUGCUUAACAAAUUAAACAUAUCUGAAUUGGCAUUAUUUUUUAAAUCUUCAUUCCUCUUUAGCAUUGAGAACAUUAUAUCAAAUAAUAAAAGAUGAAUGAGAGUAUUUAUUUUUAGUCUUUGCUAUAUUUUUAGCCGUAUUUGCCUUGCUGGCAAAACCAACAUAAAAUUAUGUUACUAUUAUCUACCCUAAGUUUCAAUUCACCAUUACACAAUUUACUACAUAAUAUAGUAAAAAUUCAAUUUAGUUUCAAAUAGUUUUCAACAUAAGUAAACUACUUCUUGAAUAGGCCAGAAAAGUGAGUGAAUUUUGCUGUGAGUGACUUGGCAGAAAGGACCGAAAUUAAUUCAAAUAAAUAAAAAACGCAUAAAUUUACUGCCAUAUAUUCAUGUCAAAGAUAAUUAUUUUGUAUUAUGAAAGUAGCUGGAAAUUCUCUGGAAUAUUUUGAUAUUAUGCUAAUAAUAGUAUUUAAUAUUUUGUAAAGAAUCUCAAAUUAUUUUCAAAAUCAUGCAACUAUUUCGUGAAUUUCGUCAGCACAUUUUGAAAUAAAAUUAUCAAUUAUUAACAAC